CCGCAAAAUCACCUCAGCGGGUCAACAAACAUCCUGCAUGAGCCGCUUUCAUUUUACUGCGACAGGUGUAGCACAGUAACCCGGAAAUACGACAAACAAACACAACAGUGUUUAAUAAACUGGAAUAUUCUGACUGAAGUCAUGGACAAAAGCAUUCAACAGGACUUCGAGAACCAGUUUAAUGACGUGGUCUCAAGACUACAAUCAAAACAGAUGUUUCAGUCAGACUGGGACAUCGCCUCCUUUGCCAUUUUCUUCAUCUUCAUAGGUAUGGUCCUCCUGUUGGUCAUCUUGGUCCUCAUUCGCUGCUGUUGCUGCUGCUGCUGUGAUGAGAAGCCAAGAAGACAGAAGGUGGGCAUCGACAAUAUGGGAAUGGAGCCGUGAUUCUCUACAAACAACAGGGAUUACCUGUACAAAACAACAGAUUAUGUGAAUUCAUUUUUAUAUAUCAAAGUAGAUCACCUAAUUAUUAGUUAUACUUGAAGAUGUAGCAUAGAAAACAUGUUUUGGGUAGAUACUUCCUUAUAGGAAGGAUUAAAAGCUAAAAACUUUCCAGACUGUGUGAAAAUGUUAAUAUUUACCCAGAAUGUCACAAGACUGAAGCUGUGAUGUCCAUUUGAGAUAUCAGAGACACUUGUUCAGAAAGGUUUUUAUAUCCUAUACAAACAUGCUCCUUCAUUUAAAUACUUUAGUUUCUUUGUGGUUAAACAAAAUAUUGAAGCACUUUAUAUUUCUGGAGCCAAAGCAGUCCCUUAAACAGCCUUGUAUUGUUGUCUUUGAAGAUUUUUUUAACUUCAACUUGUUUGUUACUGGUCAUCCCACAUAACAACUUUUCCUUGAUUUAGAUUUUGACUGUAUUUUUUCUUUUAAAAUAUAAAACAUACUUAACACAUAACCUAAACUCUUUUCUGAGAAUACCUGAGAAAAAUAAGCAUGUUUUGCUUUUGUUAAUGGAAGCUAAUUUUAAAAAAGGAUGUUGGAAUGUUCGUUGACUAUAUUUGAAUGUAUGACAUUAUUUGUAUAAGAUUUAGACUGUUUAAACCAACAAUAAAUCUGUUUAAAAUAUCAAUUUCA